AUGAGUAAAUUAUGUCGAAACAUCCAAGUGGUCGAUGGCAUUUUGGUGUCUACUAAUUGCGAUGCUGCAACUUUGCGUUCAGCAUUGAAUUAUCAGGCACAAGAAGGUGAUAUAUUUCUAGUUGUCUAUCCGAAAUCGGGUACAACAUGGAUGCAAAUUAUUCUAUAUACACUUAUGAAUAAUGGUGAGGCGUUCGACGAUAAUAUGACCGAAUAUUUUGCACGCACACCUUUUCUUGAACUAGUUGGUGAAACAGGCCUGAAACAUAUGCACAGACCAUGCGCCAUUAAAACGCAUUUACCUCUUAAUCGCGUUCCUCAUCAUGAAAAUGCUAAAUAUAUUUGUGUAGUACGCAAUCCAAAAGAUGUAUGUGUAUCGUAUUAUCAUUUUCUUCUCGGCUUUAUCAAUGAAGCACCGACGCAAACUUCGUUUGAUGCAUUUUUCGAAGCUUUUAUUAAUGGAAAUGUUCAUUUUGGUGAUUACUUUGAACAUCUACAUUCUGUUUGGCAGCAUAGAGAAAAUCCUAAUGUAUUUCUAACGUCGUAUGAAGAGAUGAAACGUGAUUUACCUGGAGUCAUUCGUCGUGUUGCUCAGUUCAUGAAUAUUGAACUCACUGAUCAUUUACUUGAACGUAUUGCAACCUAUUCAUCGUUUAAUUAUAUGAAAGAACGAUUUCAGAAAGCAUAUGCAACUCAAGCAAACAUUGCUCUUUCCAAUGAAGCAGUUGGUGCUCCGUUGCCUACCGAUCGAAACAGCUUGUUGAUGUGCGAUCGUUGUGUAUUAGUGCGAGAAGGUACCGUUGGUAGUUGGUCGGCAACCAUGAGUGAAGAACAAGCGCAGCGUCUUGAUAAACUCUUUGAAGAAAAGACACUCGAUAUGCCCGGAGUGGAUAAACUUUUCCUACCUUGA